AUGAAGAUCGACCGGGUAAAGUUGAAACGCCAGUACUUGGGCACUGAGGAUGCUGUUGUGCCUCCUGACAUCAAGGAUUUGAUUACAAAACUCAAGAAUGCCAUGGAUGCAGACCAAGCGCGAACCAUCAUCAAUGAAAUUAAAACGUGGCCUUACAAAAAAUCUGACCUGUAUCACUGGGUCGAUAUUUUGGAUGCCUUUGAUAUAGUUCUUGAAGAAUGCGCAAAGAAAGUUGGCAACAACCAGUGGCAACUUUACGUUGAUCAAGAUCAGAAUGUAAAGAAAAGGCUGCUUCUCAUCGAUGUUCUUGAGUUUACCACCCUCUUGGUGAAACACUGCUUCUCUUCGCACGUUUACAGCUCGUUUGAGCAUCUCACUGCUCUAAUGAACUCUACCGAUCUCACUGUUGUUAUCACUGUGCUCGAGCUUCUUUUUGCUCUUGCGAAACGUGGCACCCAAUAUCUGCCACUGAACCAACAAGAUAAGAAGCCUCUUCAACUUCGUAAUCGAAUCAAUUUCCUAGCUGAAGACUGGGGUGGAAAGGAUAAUGGUGUGUCGUUCAAACAGUGUAUUCAAGAUUUGGACAGCUAUCCUUCAUCGGCUACCACGGUGCACCUCGAGUUCUAUACAUCAGCUGAAAAAUCCGAAAAGAAAGUUAUGCACAUCGAAAACGUCCAUCUCUUGAAGAAGCCACUUGCUCAGAUGAUGAAUGAUCUCGUGCUUGAGUACAAGGUGCCAGCUGAGAGCCAACAACAGCUGUUCAAUCGUCUUCGCCUGUCAUCUAAAUUUGCAGACUUGCAUCAACGACAGCUGUGUGUUCAGGCUCGCCUCAGCGCCCUUGCAAUUAGCGCACUUAUUGAGGGCAACUUUCACGUUAGUCCAUCACUAAUCGAAGAAACUGCCGAGAUUCUUACUCUUGACGAUCUUUAUAAUCUCAAGUCAGUUGCGUUGAAAGCUCUGCGAUCUUUCAUCAACUACGAGCGAAACACCAAACUAAGAGUGAUCAUAGAGUCAACUGGCGCCAACUCCUACCACGGCCUCAUUCCCAAGUUGACUCGUGCCGUCAUCAACUCGAUGAUCGAUCCGUCGCCAGUCAAGCAGUACCCAAUGAGCUUUACAUCUUCUCUAUUUAACUUCGUGUAUCACAUGGGCUUUUAUGAGUCAGGUCGUCAGGCACUUCAGCAGUGUGGUAUUAUUGAGCGAUUUCUCAAGUUCCUUCAGCACAAUGACGACACUCUUGACAACUUGAAUUUAGUGGCUCGAGCUGUUCGCAUCAUCGAAUCGAUAACGGCUCGCGACAUAGCCAUACUUCAAAGUCACAAUGGACUUAAUGUGAUUCAACAGCGAUUUCAGCGAGAGGUGGAGAUUUGCCAAAAGGUGUUUCUACAGGAAAUAGCUGCUCAACCUUCAACAGAAAGUCAAUCUGCGAGUGAUAGAGCGAAUCUCGUCGAAGAAGUUGCCAUGCAGACUGAAGAUGUCGGUCCUUCCGAUGUCUCAAAGAAGCUUGAUAAUCUUCCAUUACCGGUUACUACCCAGCCGGCAAACAAAUGCCACCCAUUACGUUCUACCGUCAUUAGAGGCCUCCUUUCAUUUCUUCGCAAAGCAACGCAAUAUCCAUCUCUUAGCGAAACAAUUCGCCCGAUGAUGCAGUCCACAGAAUUCAUUCAAGCUGUAAAGCAUCUGAUAAGUAAUCCUGAUGGCAGUUAUUACGAUAGCACGGUGUUCGCCUACGCUAUCGACAUGGUUUCACUUUACGUUCACCAUGAACCAUCGUUGCUCUCAACUUUGCAAGAAAAUGGCCUCGCUGGUGUAAUGCUAAAGUCUCUCUUUGAUCCUGAUCGAAAGUUGCCGGUUAACAAAGAUUUCUCAAACGCAAUGUCAAACGUUCUCACCGCUUUAUGCUUGAAUUCGCGUGGCUUGGCCGAGUUUGUGGAAGCGAAGCCUUUUGAAAAGAUAUUGGCCAUCUUUACCAAGCCUGAGUAUAUGUCCAAUCUUCAGAUUAAUGGAAAUAUGACUGCGUCUUUUGAUAACACCGCUCAACUUGGCAAAGCUUGUGAUCAACUAAUUCGACAUCAGCCAUCUCUUCGAGUUCCUGGUCUGAAUGCGAUUGUUCGAGCUUUGGAGCAGCUGACAAAGUUUGGCAAUGCAAACCAGUAUGUUAUAGUGAAAGAGUCCUUUAUCAGAAGUGGUCACACUCUCAGCUUUCGACCAACUGAUGUGAAGAAAAAUUCAAGAGAUACCCGAGAGCCAGUUCCUCUUCUCGACUACAUCACCAACAUUAUGCGAUUUCUGCAAAGCAUCCUCAACACAAGCAACCAACAUGCGACUGAGUUUAUGCGCCAGCAAGGUUUCUCAGCUCUUUUGGCGCUUCUCACAUUGCCGAAUCUCCCAGCUGAUUUCGGCAAUUCAGCCGCAUGUUAUUACAUGUCAACUGUCAUGUGGUGGCUGUUCAAGUGCACCUUAGACAAGAACAUUUUUGUUGGUGUGCUUCAGAAGCUUAAAUCGAUUAUGACUGAUCGUCUUGAUCCCGUUGUUGUUGCUCGGUUCUCUGAUUCGUGCAAGAACAUGGGACCUUCGGUGAUGUUGAAUGAUCUGAUUCAAAAUGCCCAACCAAAGGAAAAGUGGCAGGAAACUGAGCUUUGGCGUGCUAUUUCCAUGAUGUACACUCACAUCUCGGUCCUUCUUCAAGUUUGCCGCCCCGACCAUUCAUCCGAUCAGCUGCGAAACUUGGCGCUAGAACAGUGGGCAACAAAACUCGGUCAAGAACUUAUUAAUGCCCUGUCGCGAAUUCAUGUUAUGCUUCACUGGGAGACGGUGAACAUGACUGCAUGUGUGGAGGAAGGCGCCCUGAAUGACCACCUGAGUGAACACUUUCCUAAGCUCAAGGAUCAGUUUGAUGCUCUGGUGGAGAUUAUCGACAAGGCCGUAACCGUGCCAGCCAAUUUGCUAGCCGCUAUGUCUGAAUCCAUUGAUUCGCCAAUGGACGUCGAUCAACCAAUUGACCAGGCGGCUUCACAGGAAUCCGCUUCAACAUCUGCCACAACUACACAGGCAAAUCCGGCUACUGUUGCACUGAUGAAGAAGCUGGUUGAUCCCAUCGUCGCUACUUCUCGCAACAUCUCCAAAUCAAUUGAAGACCUAUUUGCACUUUUGCUAAAGCUGUGUGUUGGCAACUCUACUUCUGCUUUUCAUCGUCGAGCUGGUUUUGUCAAUCAACUUGGUGUUCCAACGCCGAACGCCCGUUCUUUGGCGAAAAAUCUAAACUCGCUUCCUAAUACCAGCAUGAGGACCAUUUUGGAUAGAGCGGUUCCAUCGAACUUCCGUUUUCUCUUUUACGAGCCGUUCAUUACCCACUCAAUCUCCAUCUUGUUUGAUAAUCGCAACAAUCCCUAUCAACUGGUGCUGCAAAACUUUGUCUUUUCUGGUGCUCAGGAUGCAUUCUUUGAUUUAUUUGACCGCGAAGUCAAAACUGUCAUUGACUGUUAUUCUCUGUCUGGAAUCAAGUAUGUGCCCAAAGGUUUUGAACAUUUUCUCGAUGUAUGGCUGUCUCUGGCAGAGCGAUUAUCAAAUUCUGAGCGCAUUCUUGAGACCCCACAUUCGAUCCCUUCGAAGAAGACUGAUGCCAUUUUGGCCACUUCUACCUACGUAGGCUUUGAGCCCAUGGAGUACAUUAUUCGAACUCAUCGACAGUUGUACGCACCCAUUCUCACCCUGUGGAAUGCUGGCGAAUUGUUAUCCACCUUCAAAACGAAGCAAAUUCGUAGCAGUGUACUGCUUCUGAUUUCUGAACUUUUUCGAGCUUCUUCAUUGAUUGAUAAAUACAUUUCCAAGCGUAAAGAGGUGAAAACUCCCACCACAGCUUCGACCACUGCUGCUGCUCAAGCACAGCCACAAAACCCAGGUUCUUUCGCUCUUUUUGCCGAAGCACUUGGCUUGCCAUCGCUUUCUACUCAGGCGGCAACUGCAUCAGUGGUUCUACCUACCCCUCCUUCAGCACCAGUCCCGAUAAUAUCCACUUCCGCCCCUUCCACUUCCACUCCAACUAGGCAGCCUCAAAAUGCAGAACACACAGCAAUGCUGAACAUGCUGGUUGAGAUGGGUUUUGAGCGUAGCGCUGCUGCUGAUGCUUUUAUCCACUGUGGGUACGACAUUACAGCUGCCGCUGAUUGGCUUAUUAUGCACCAAAAUGCAUCUAAUCCUGGUUCUCUCAGCGCAUCAACGAAUGAAAUUGCAAUGUCUGACGAAGAUCAGGUUGCUCGUGCCAUUGCCAUGUCUCUUGAACAGGACGAGCAGCCCGAGAGUGCAGAGCAACCUGCAGCCGUCAGUGCGGAUACUGCAACUGUCACCGCUGCACCUGCUUCAACUAGUGCUCCUUCUGCAACAACUAGUGCCCCAGUCCCGACAACAAGCACCGUCGUUCCAAAGGCCGCCGUUCCUGCGCCCAAAGCACCAAAACCUGCACCGCUUCUUGAAAAUGAGACACCACUGGAGAAAGAAAAGUUUGAUCAACUUCUGGUAGCCCUUCUUCCCGGUCUAAUCAGCCUGCUCGCCGGAGAGCCCAUUGAACAGGAUUUGUUCAAGUGCGCUGAACUCCUUAAUGUCAUUGUCAAGGCUGGUUACACUGCCGUGUACGAUGACGUUGCCAGUCAUGUGCUCAGCAAGAUUCGUUCAGUUGGCGAUAUGAUUCUCUCUCAGCCGGUAUUCAACACUGAAAAGGAGCAUCUCAAGUCAAUACUUUCUCCUAAGCCGGAAGCAUCUGGACUUGCUACUUGCAUCCACUUUUUGCUUUUGAUUUGUAAUGAAUCAAAAGGCUCCUGUAUGAAAAAGUGCACCGAGUUUUCAAUCUUCACCUUAGCCGUUGACCUAAUUGGAAAGGCGGCACACGUUCUAUCACUUGCUUCCGAGCUAGAGAAGGACGUUGAAAUACCCGAUUGGCUUUGUCCUAUUACCGUUUUGUUGGACCUUUACGAAAAGUUUGGCACUGGAUUUAAAUUGAGAAAUGAACUGAUAUCUCGACCAACUGGACGGGUCUGGAAGACUUUUCAAGAGAGAUCAGUUCGCUGGAGCCCAUUCGAUCAUGCGAAUAAUCGCCUGAUUGACGACGCCUAUUGUGCUGGUGAAACAUCAACAAGAAUUUCUGUCGAUGCUAAUCGAAAGUACACAAUUCGUUUUGACACCAUGACGCAGCACGGCGAGGCAACUGGCAGCAAAAGACCAAUCAUGUACGUUUUCAAGGAAGUGAAGGAAUCGAAAAAAUCCAAAGCUAAGGCGGCUGCAGCUGACUCUAAGAAUGCAGAUGCUGUUAAGGAGCCCAGCAAACCAACAGAGGAGAUUGUAGUACCAUCUUUUGUCACAUACACCAACAAAGAUUUCCUCCGCGCAGUGGUCGCUCUGAUCAAGUUGCCCAAGUUGGAUUCUGCCUUUCUCAAUGCAAUCGUUCGCAUUAUCCUUCGCAUCACAAUGACAAACCACUCGGCUGCCUGUGACUUUGCAGAACAGGGUGGCAUAGGCGCUUUGUUGAAGCUCUCCAACAAGGUGAACUUUCCUGGAUCAUCCACAAGUACGCUCUUCAUCAUCCGCCAUGUCUUUGAGGACUGCUCUCAGCUAGAGAACGCAAUGGAGCGAGAAGUUCGUCGCCUUGCUACUCUGUCUAGCCCCACGCCCAGUGUUAAUCAGGAGAUGCACAAUAUUUUGCGAAACUUUAUGCCUUUGGCAGCUCGAAACGCUCUCAUUUUCAAGGAUGUCGUCAAACGUACGCUAAAAGUGAAUAUUAGCAACAAAUCUCAAACUAAUUCACACGAAGAUCGUUCACCGACAUAUUUAGAAGUCGUCAAAGAGCCCACUGGUGGCUCUACUAACGUUGAAUUACAUGACACUGCCAAGGAUGUCAUAACCGAGUUGUUGUGUAUUCUCCCUCUAAGACUGAUGGAUGAGCAGAAGAGAGAUUCUGAGAAGAAGGGCAAAAAGAAAGAUGACGAUUCGCCACUGUUUAACACCAAAACGAUUCUUUCUUUCCUCGCCGAACUUAUCAAAUCUUACCCUUCUGUUGCUAAAGUCUUUUGCGAUCACGUGUAUUCAAGAGGUUUUUGCGACCUGAUUACCGAAGACUUAUCCGCUUUGUCGUUUAUCAUUGACCACAUGCUGAGCGUCACUGAUGCCACAACACCGACAUAUUCGCGAAUGAUAUUUUCUGCUCUUAUUUCAACGCUUCCUUCAUCACCCAACCUGUCGGCGAUUCAUCAGGUGAUAGUCAACGAGCUAAAGAGUGCGCUUUAUCGGGCUGUUCACAAUGACUCCAGCACCGUUUAUAACACCAGCAAGCAUUCCCGAAUUGAAACAGUUGUGACCCUGGUGCUGCUGAUAAUUGAAUCAUGCCCCCGAGGUGUCACCGAUCAAACGCAACCACUCGCACGAGCUCGUCUGCAAUUCAACUCGAAUCAACUUUCGAUCAUUCGGAUGAUGGUCAAGUGCGGAUUUGUUAAUGAUAUGGCGCACAGUAUCCAAACACUAGAUCUGAGCUCUCCGAAGAUGGCCAAAGUUGUGGAAGCUCUCACCAGAACGCUGGAAAUUAUUUCCGAAACCAUGACCUAUUUGCCAAAAAGUCGAAACACCUCUUCUGCGGGCACUGUCUCCAACACUUCAACUCGUCCUUCGUCAAACACGCAGGCUCUAGAGCUGAAUAGUCAGUCCAACUCCACCGGUGAGACAGCGCCUCAGCAGGAGGGCAAUCACCAGGCAGCACUGAUUGCUAAUGAGAACCAAAUUCAUGCAAUGGAGGAAGAUGAUGAUCACAUGAUGGCAAUAGCGGCACUUUCUCCCAGGCGACAAAUGGGCAGAGAGCGAAAUAGCGAUGAAGAGUUUAUUCGCGCACUGAAUAGAAUUCGAAGAAAUGAACUCGCCGAAGAUAUGGACGCAUCAGUUGAGGAGCCAGAUGAUGAUGACGACGACGAUGACGACGAUGAGGAACUGUCGGAGGCAGCUUCACUUCUCGAGGAGAUUAAUCGUCACAAUGAGGCUCUUGAAAACCAGGACGAAGAGGAUGAUGGAGUUGGCGAUGAAGAAGAUGAUGAUCGUCAGAUUAAUCCUCAAUUCGAUGGCGUUGAUGAAGUGGAGGACGAAGAGGAGGAGGAAGGCGACGAAGAGGAUGAUGGCGAGGAGUUUGAGGAUGACGAUGAAGAGGAUUUUGACGCCAUUCCAAUGCCCCCGCCCGAUCUUCUCGAAGACUUUUCCGAUUUGCAGUUUACCCGUGACUUUUCCUACAAUCUGCAGCCUUUGGGCCGAGGAGAUCCAUAUGCUGCUCAUCAGCUCAUUCGUCUUUCAGCUCCCCUGCCUGAUGCCCUGACACCUCAUCCAAUGCUGACUCCGAGUCAGAAUACAGCCCAAGCGGUUCCACGACCGGCAACUCAUCCAGACAUGGCCACUGCCCGGUUUGAUGAAUUGUGGAUGCAGCCCCGUCAAAGAAGGAAUGCUGGCUUCUUCCGAAUUGGGGAUGGCGGCACUUAUCGCUUUUCCAUUCCACGCGAUCGCUCAUCAUUUGCGAACAUUCAAGAUGAGAUCAGCAAUAUUCUCCACCGAAUUCGCGGACCGAAUGUAGCCAUUUCGCCGCAAGUAAUCAACCAGUUUACCAAUCAAAUAUCCAACAUUAUUCAGGGUAAUUUUAACCAAAAUCAGGAUAUCAUUACCCCAGCUUCUCCUUUUGGCUCACUCUAUGUCACCACUUCUCUAGCAAACCCUUCACCCACGAAUCCUAGCUAUGGCGCUUCACCAACAUCAAACAUUGCUCGUUGGGACGAAGAGUGUCGUCUAGUGAUGGGAGAAUUCGUGUUUGAUUCUCUGAUGAGCGUUCAUGAAGAGUUGGUCAAUCACCUCGAAAAAUGUAAACUGGCUGACAUUGAGGCUAGAAAGGAGGAACAAGAAGCGAAAUUGGCCAAGCAAAAGGAAGCCCUGAAAGCUGAAGAAUCUGCAGCUGCUGCUGCUUUAAAAGAUGCUCGUAAAGAGGAAGAGGCUGCGCUGAUGUCACUCACAGCUCCUGACCCUCAGCCUGCGCCACAGUCUGGCGAAGAUAAUCUCAUCUCGGUGGACGAGCCAAUGGCUGAAGUUGGAUCGCUACAGAUUGAGCCGGAGCCAGCUUCUUCUAUUUCACAAGUUUCCGAAAAUAGCGAACAGUUGCCGCCAUCGCUAAGCGCGUCUACUAGUGAAAAUGUAGACCAGCCCAUGAGCGAACCGACACCCCCUCAUGCUCCAGUGGAAUCGCCUAUUGUCAUUCAGACUACUGCAACUACAACUGGAAGUGGUGCUCAGACGCCCACAUCAUCAGCCAAUGUCAUCAGUGAGAGCGUCGUCAUGGAAGAAGAGGCACCCCCUGCUGCUGCCGAAGGCUCUAGUGUCGCCCCAGCAGGGAAUGAGGAGGAACCCAUUGCUGCAACUUCUUCCGCAGCAACUGCAAGCGCAUCAACUGCCACACCUGAGCUUACACCGGAACUUCAGGCCAUCCUCGGAGACAUUCAAAUUCCCGAAGGCAUUGAUCCUAGCUACCUGGCUGCCCUGCCCGAGGACAUGCGCCAGGAGGUGAUCUCUGAACAGCUUCGCAUUCAACGACUUGCCCGACAGCAAGCGGCGGCGGCUGCUGCUUCAGCUGCAGGCAGCAGCUCUCAACAGCCGAGCGAUGCCUUUGCUUCAGCUGCUGCGACGGCUGCAUCUUCCUCGGCAACGAAUGAAAUUAGCCCUGAGUUUUUGGCCGCCCUCCCUCCGGACAUUCGCCAGGAGGUGCUGGCGCAGCAACGAGCCGAACAGAUGGGAGUGCCGAAUCCGCACGCUCCCGUCGACCCGAACAGCUUCCUGCAGACGCUUCCACCUUCUCUGAGAAGGCAAGUUCUGGCUGACAUGGACGACUCUCAGGUGCAACUGCUUACCGGUGAGCUUGCCCAGGAGGCGCGAGUGCUUCGGCGCGAGCAUGUUAUUCGACGUGAGCACGCCUUCAUGGAGGAGUACAUGGUUGAUCUGGGGCGUGGAACGGUGCGAAAUGCCGCUGGAAAUAACGCUCUUGGAAUCAAUCGACUGGCCCAAAAUAUUCGUGUGGGUGGGCUACUGCCGCCCCUUCCGAUGAUACUGCGAAGAGGUUUUCGGACCUUUCCCACUGGACAAAAUGCUAAUGUGGCCACUCGUCAGCCUCAUCAUCAUCACCACCACCAGCAAAUUCCGUACGGAAAUAGUGUGGACAACCUGAAUGCCGCGUACUUGACCACCUAUGCCACUGCACGAACACCCAUCAAGGGCAAACAUCUGCUCGAUCACGACUCACUCAGCUCGUUGAUGUUGUUGUUUUUCGUUUCCGACGCUUCAACGUCCAUCGCCCGACUUCAUCGUUUGGUUCGUAAUGUCUGCUACCACCUUCCAACCAGGCAGUGGGUCAUUUCCUCGUUGUUGGAAAUUUUGGAGCGCGCAAAGUUAUCUGCCACUGAACAAAAGUUCUACUCGACCUCCGAUGAAACCUUUGCCAAGUAUGGCAUUCAAAACCGACAGGUUUCCUGGCUGUCGUUGGUAUUUGAGUCUGCUUUCAGCGUAAAGAUGAACGUCUUCCAGCUUGACCCAUCUAAAGCGUCUACCAGAGAGUGCUACAGCGCAGUGGUGCACAUUCAUCCUCAGGCGGUGCCUUUUGUGUGUCGCAAAGUUCUGGACAUUCUCAUCUACAUUGCAAAGUCUUUCCCGGACGACUUUAUCACUGUUCCCAGCAGGGAGUCUUUGGCUGUUCCUGCCAACACCACAACUACUCCAGAAUCUGAGCCCGCUGCUGCAUCCACUCCGACCAGUGGUUCAUCAACGAAGAAGCACUCUCUUGUCUGCCACCAGAAAAGCAUCUUUGAUGUGCUCAUGUCGCAGGAAAGCAUUCAUGGCUCCAAGAGGAGUAAAGGACUUAAGCAUUUCGGAUCAAAUGCAUCAUUGAACAACACUGAGUCGUCUGACUCUUCAUCCUCCAAAGGAGCAGUAAUCGUUUCUGAAUCUCCCUUUUCGCAACUGCUCAAUCUUCUCUCGCAGCCUUUCAUUUCUAAAUCUUACACUCUUAGUGAUCGGUUGAUUCGUCUCUUAUCGUAUGCUAUGACCAACACCAACAGCGGCUACAAUGAUCCUACCGGCACCCAGGAGGCGGCCAUCAAUGAAAAUGUACUACCGCCAACCAGUGCAAAGUAUCUGGCGCUGGAGAAGGCCCUUGAAAAUGAGAAUCUCCUUCAGCUGUUAGUCUCUUUUCUCACCUCUUCUACGUGCACUGAUGAUGGCCUGUCUGAUGCUCACUCGCUGAUAAUCAAGCUGUCUACUAUAUUCCCAAAGUGCCGUGAGGUAUUCCACCGAAAGCUAAUUGAGGCAGCUCAGGAGAUUGGCAACGCCGUCUAUCAGGACAUUGAAUGCCUUGUAACGGAACUAAAGAAAACUGUUUCAAGUUCAUCGAAAAAGUCGGAGCCUCUUGAUCUCUCUAUGCCUGGCACUUCAAGUGACCGCUACAGUGAAACUCGCGCCCUUAUAAUUUCGAGCAAUCGAAACACGAAGAAACCUGGAAAGGAAAUUCAUCUUCCUGCCAUGUCUACUUUGAGCUUAAAGUCAUCAAGUCAGUACAUUUUAUUGCGCAUUUUGGACAUUGUUGUGGAACUGCGAGAGUUGACUCUGCUGGAAAAGUUGGAGAAAGAAAAGGACCGGCUGGCCAAAGCCAUAAACACAGCAGGAAGUGCUGUUGCUGCAGCAGAAGUUGUGCCCGAAGCAGAGCCUCUCCAGGAGCUCUACGCCGCAAGCAACAGUCGCUCUAUGGCUAUCAAGCAGAUUGACAUGGACUUGGCGAUUCAGAUCACUGCCAACGAUGUAAAGCUUAGUGACGAGUUGUCUCAACUUGAAAAGCUGUGGAAUAAGCUAAGCGAGUGCCUCGAUUUGCUGCAAGAGACCUCGGAUGAGAAGGCCGUUUUGGUUCUUGAGCCAGCGGUAGAGGCUUUCUUCCAAGUUCACGCCACUGAAGUUGCUCUGAACAAAUCUACCCUGAACGCUAAUCGAGCCAACCAGGAUGCUGAACAAAUUGAUUCAGCAAAUGAUACUCUGGAUUCAUCCAGCUCGCAAUCGAAUUCGGUGCCUUUGGAAGAUACGGACAAGUUUUUGGCUUUUGCCGAACGCCACCGAGUUGUGAUUAACCAAAUUCUUCUGCAGUCCAAUGUUCACCUCACUGAUGGUACUUUUGGAUUUUUGAUUGAUCAUGCCAAAAUACUUGAUUUCGAUGUCAAGCGGCGGUACUUUCGCGAAGAGCUAAAGCGACUUGAUCAAGGUGUUCUCCGAAGGGGCCUCUCAUUGCCUGUCAAUCGCGCCAAUGUGUUUGAGGACUCAUUUAGAGCUCUUGACCGCUUAUCUGCCGAAGAGUGGAAAGGACUUUUCCGGAUCAGUUUUGAAGGAGAAGAAGGUCAAGAUGCUGGUGGCUUACUGCGCGAAUGGUACACCAUCAUCGCCCGAGAAAUCUUCAACCCCAACUAUGCUCUAUUCACUCACUCACCCGGCGAUGGAGUCACCUACAUGAUCAACCAGUCUUCCUACUACAAUUCGAACCAUCUAAACUACUUCCGCUUUGUCGGUAGACUGAUCGGAAAGGCAAUCUACGAGAACCAACUUCUCGACUGCUACUUUACUCGAUCUUUCUACAAGCACAUGCUCGGAAAGCCAGUCAGCUACACUGACAUGGAGGCCGAAGACAAUGCUUUCUACCAAGGACUGGUCUUCUUGCUCGAGCACAAUGUCAAUGAAAUUGGCUCCGAUCUAACCUUUUCAAUUGAAAUCCAAGAAUUUGGCGCCAAUUCAGUGAUUGACCUAAAACCUAACGGACGGAAUAUUCCCGUUACUGAGGAAAACAAGAUCGAGUAUGUUCGGCUGGUGUGCCAAGAGAAGAUGACUGGUUCAAUUAAGCAGCAGCUUAAAAGCUACCUGCAAGGACUGCACGAAAUCGUUCCCAAACGGCUGAUAUCAAUUUUCGACGAACACGAACUCGAAUUGCUCAUCUCUGGUUUGCCAGACAUUGACAUCGAUGACCUGCAGGCUAACACCGAGUACCACAAGUACGCUGCGGAUUCUUUGCAGAUUCAGUGGUUCUGGCGAGCUUGUCGUACAUUUGACCAAAUUGACCGUGCAAAGCUGCUGCUUUUUGUCACUGGAUCGAGCAAAAUACCACUUCAAGGCUUUGCUGCUCUAGGCGGAGGAAACGAUGGUCUCAAAUUCAAGAUUUAUCGUGAUGACCGAUCUACCGAUAGGUUGCCAUGUGCCCACACUUGCUUCAACCAACUUGAUCUUCCUGCGUAUGAAACCUAUGAUAAACUGCGCUUAAUGCUUCUCAAAGCCAUUCACGAAUGUUCAGAAGGAUUUGGCUUUGCCUAA